CGGGGCGGGCGGCAGGAAGGGGCAGAGCCGAGCCCGGUGCACAAAGCCCGGCGGGUCCGUGGCGUGUCGCGAUGGGGCUGGCGGCGGCGCGGGGCUGGGCGCUGUCCCCGUUAUCCCCGUUGUCGCCGCUGUCCCCGGGCCCGGCGGAGCGCAGCCGGCCCUACGCUGUGCUGCAGCACCAGAACCUGGUGCUGCUCGGCAGCAUCCUCAGCGCGCUCCUGCUCACCAUCAUCCUCAUGGCCAUCUGUGUCUACCGGCCCGUCCGGCGGCGGUAGCGGAGCGGGACCCGCCGGGGCAUCGAGAGAAUGCUGCAUCCCACCCGGUUAUCCCACCUGGCAUCCAUCAUCCCGGCCCCGCUUCGGUCCUGCCGGUUCUCCCGUCUGGUACCCGCCAUCCCGGCGCUGCUCCGGACCCGGCAGGUUCUCCCCUCCGGUACCCACCGUGCCACCGCCGCUCCGGUCCCGCCCGGUUCUCCCCUCCGGUCCCCGCCGUCUGCCGCCGCUCCCGUCAGCUGCUGGGGAUGCCCUGAGGAUGCGAGUGCGGCUUUUCACCCAUCUCUGCCCGUCUUGGCUCCAUCGUGAUGUGGCUUCCAGCAGCGCUCUGGCCGGGUGCUGGAAAUCACUCACCCCCUCCUUCCCUCAGCAGACAGACUCCUGGAGCUUCUGGGCUGUGUCCGCAGCAAA